CUACAGAAGAUAACAUUUCCCCUUGUCUUUGCUGUGGUUGUUGCCGUCAUUGGACCUGUCCAGUAUGGGUACAACAUAGGUGUCACCAAUGCGCCUGAGGAGAUUAUUAAGAGCUUUUUUAAUGAAACAUGGAUAGACCGAACAGGAGAACCCAUCUCCCUGACUCUCCUAACUUCACUGUGGUCCCUCUCUGUGGCGGUUUUCCCAAUAGGUGGCAUGGCUGGCUCUUUUUCUGUUGGACUUUUUGUCAACCGAUUUGGCAGACGAAACUCUAUGCUGAUGGUCAACAUUUUCGCCAUUAUUGGUGGUGCUUUGAUGGGCUUCUGCAAAUUGGCAAAAGCUGUGGAGAUGUUCAUUAUUGGCCGCUUUGUCAUUGGUAUCUUCUGCGGUCUUACCUCUGGCUUUGUCCCCAUGUACAUCAGUGAGAUUUCCCCGACUGCUCUGCGAGGGGCCUUUGGCACACUCCAGCAACUUGGUAUUGUUGUGGGCAUCUUGGUGGCACAAAUCUUUGGCCUAAAUGUCAUCAUGGGAACUGAAACUCUGUGGCCACUGUUAUUAGGCUGCACUGUUAUCCCAGCCGUUGUCCAAUGUGCAACACUGCCUUUUUGUCCUGAGAGCCCACGUUUCCUGUUGAUCAACAAGAAGGAGGAAGAGAAAGCACUUGCAGUUCUCCAGAAUCUCCGUGGUGUCCAAGAUGUUUCUAGUGAUAUUGAUGAGAUGAAAGAGGAGAGUAUCAAGAUGUCCCAAGAGAAGAAAGUGACCAUUCCUGAGCUCUUCCUUUCUCCCAACUACCGCCAGGCCAUUAUCAUUGCCAUUGCACUCCAGCUGUCUCAGCAGUUCUCGGGCAUCAAUGCGGUGAUAUACUAUUCAACUGGAAUUUUCAAAGAUGCUGGAGUGAAAGAGCCUGUGUAUGCUACCAUUGGUACUGGUGUCAUCAACACGAUCUUCACAGUAGUAUCGCUCUUCCUUGUGGAGCGUGCAGGACGCAGAACACUCCAUUUGAUUGGCUUAGGAGGCAUGACAGUCUGUGCAUCAAUCAUGACCCUCAGCUUGGCAUUAAAGGAUUCUGUGACGUGGAUGAACUAUAUCAGCAUUAUUGCUACUCUUGCUUUUGUUGCUCUGUUUGAAAUUGGUCCUGGUCCCAUCCCUUGGUUUAUUGUGUCUGAACUCUUCAGCCAGGGCCCUCGUCCUGCGGCGGUGGCCGUGGCAGGCUGCUCAAACUGGACAUCCAAUUUCCUUGUGGCCAUGCUUUUUCCGUAUGCUGCGCUGUACUGUGGCCCAUAUGUUUUCCUCAUUUUUGUUGUCUUUCUCAUCCUCUUCUUCAUCUUUACCUUCUUUAAAGUCCCUGAAACAAAAGGUCGGACUUUCGAAGACAUCUCUAGUGGCUUUGAAAGGCGAACAGCGGAUGGUGUUACUCCGCCUACUGUAGAAAAGAAUUCAAUGGUGGAAUUGACAAGCAUACAGCCUGCUAAAGACGAUACUGCCAAUGUUUAAUAUGCUCCGUUCUUGUCAUCUGCUUGUCAAUGAGGACAAUCCUCAUGGAAAACAAGCAUCUGUAACCUUUCAGUUGCUGCUAUUUCUUCAUUUCCCCUUCGUUUUCUUGUGUCUGCCAAGACUUUUGCAAAGUACUAAAAUAUGAAAAAGGUAGGGAUCCCUUACCUACUUCCAUCAGUAGAAGGCAUUAUGGCUAAACUAAAACUUCAUCCUUCCCAAUUUGCUUCCUUUUUGCCACAGAUCUUACAGAGACUUGAGAAAGAUUUUCUCUCUCUCUUCCUCUUUUUUAUUCCAUUCAUGUUGAAUCAUUACAUAGGGGCUAACAUAUUUAUCUGUAUUGUUCACAGCUUUGAAAAAAAUACUUUUCUGUAUGUGAGAUAAUAGCUCCUCAACUACUUUUUUUUGUUAAAAGUACUUUGAGUAGAAAAAAUGUCCAAAACACUGGGAUUUAAUCUGCAGGGAAGGACCCUUCAAAUUAUUUAUUUAAUCAAAUGGGAGGCUUUUUUUCACCUUUGUGAAAUGGGAACUGUGAUACAAGGGAUAUUCCUCUUCUUUUUUUGUACAAUCCAAAGUAUUUUAUUUACUAGAGUGUAUUUAUUUAUGUGUCACAUCAGUUGUAAAUAUUUAUUUUUAUGUAAAAAGAUGCUUCUGUGUAUGUACAAACCAGAACAAAAUGUUUUAAGAUAGAUGUUUUAAGAGAAGAAGCACUAUGACUGUAAAAGAAUUUGGGUGGUAGGCUAUGGAAUACCAAAGAGAAGAGAAUGUUACUUUGCAGACAGGUGCGUGAUCUUGGGUGGAUUAUACCUGUCCCGUUUAAGGGUCAAUUUUGCCUUCAGGAAGGUGGAAAGAACAAGCAUGUCUUUCAUUAUAUUCUUCUGUGCUUGUCAAAGUAUUUGGUGAGUGUGAUGGAUACCUUUCUUUAAGUACUACUUGAAAAUUCUGCUGUUAAAGGUAAAUGGGACACUGCAACUUGAUACACCCAGUCAUUGUUCACAAAUUAAAGUCUGCAGACUAGAACUUGGAAAAGAUGUUUCUAAAAAUUACAAUUCCAAUAAUUCCCCCAUUCAGCACGUGGAGGCGGGUUAUAAUGUUUGCUCCCCACCACUGGCUAUACAGCUGUAGUGUGUAAAAGGAACUUUUCCAGGAUCUGCUGUAAACCAUUUCUUGUGAUAAAGUUUUGAAGACAUGAACAGCUAAGGUGUGGAAAAAAUAAUGUGAGGAGGAGAAUACAGAUGACUAUUUCAAGGGCUACUCUUCAGUGACAAGGACAUGCCUCUCACAGUCUGCAAAGCCUACAUUUGGGACAAGGGCCAAAUCAACUCAGGCCUCUUAACUGUUUUCCUUCUAUUUAUCUUUCUGCAUUUGACGCCAUUCCUCUUGCAUAUUAAGACCCACAUUUUGUUGUCUUUUAAAGGUACAGUAAUAUAUUUAAGUCUACUGCUUCUUUGCUGGUGGCAAUGAUUAUUAUUAUUAUUAAGCUUUAUUUAUAUAGUGCUACAAAUUUACACAGUGCUGUACAUACAAUAGACGAUUCCCUGCCCUCAGGCUUGCAAUCUAAAAUGAUGAAUUAGCUUUUCCUUUUUUUGAAAAUAAGAAGUACAUUAAGUCUAAAUAUAGAAAAGAGCAGACUAGCUUUUCAAUCUGAUUUUUUUGGUAACAUUUUAUUUUAUUAUUAAAUAGAAAUGUAUGGCAAAUUCCCAGUAUGAGAAAUUGUCAGCAUAGGCAGGAUUAUAUAUAUAAAAAUAGCAGAGACCAAAGCUACUAAAACAAGAUGUUUUAAAAACAAAAACAAAAUGUAAGCCUAUAGUGUCUGAAAAACUUGAGGGCCCAUUCACAUUACAAAAUCACGUGAAGUUCCUACUCACCCCGAAUCUCACACAAGCGAAUCCGGGGCUUGCACACCCGUUCCGUGGUAAAUGGCCCC